CCUGCUCCUGUGUACGCCCCCAUCCCUGCCCCUGUGUACGCCCCCGUCCCUGCCCCUGUGUACCCCCCCUGUCCCUGCCCCUGUGAACGCCCCCUGUGUACACCCCCCAUCCCUGCCCCUGUGUACGCCCCCAUCCCUGCCCCUGUGUACGCCCCCGUCCCUGCCCCUGUGUACACCCCUGUCCCUGUCCCUGUGUACGCCCCCGUCCCUGCCCCUGUGUACGCCCCCUGUCCCUGCCCCUGUGAACGCCCCCUGUGUACACUCCCCAUCCCUGCCCCUGUGUACGUCCCCGUCCCUGCCCCUGUGUACACCCACUGUCCCUGUCCCUGUACGCCCCCCGUCCCUGCCCCUGUGAAAGCCCCCUGUCCCUGCCCCUGUGAACGCCCCCUGUGUACACCCCCCAUCCCUGCCCCUGUGUACGCCCCCGUCCCUGCCCCUGUGUACGUCCCCCGUCCCUGCCCCUGUGUACGCCCCCUGUCCCUGCCCCUGUGA